AUGGCGACUGAUAAGACGGCAUCACGGUGGCUUCAAUUGCCCACGAGCGUCCUCCUUGCCGCGUUCGCCUUCGCUUUUGCUAUUCAGGCCACUGGGACACCGGCACCGACGUCUACCGGAAACAUAACGCAGAAGCCGACUAUAGCGACGACUGGAUCCGGUCCUGAAUACGCAUCGGCGUGCUGGAAAGCCUUGAUUGAUUACGAUGUGUCGUCCAGCUCCUGGUACAGCGCGCACAGCUAUGUCAGCACAACGACUGAACUAGUUGGUGGAACUUCAUUCUCGGAUGUGACAUACUACGAAAAUGCUACAACUCUGUGCGAUGGCCAUGCUCGAGUGACAUACUCUCCCGCAAAAUCGCUAUCUACCGGCACCAUCACCUAUCCCGGCACAGUCAACUCGACCAGCACAAUCCUGGGCACAUACUUCUCCAACUACCCUCAGUCAUCGCCAACCUGCUCCAUUGCACCGUCUGAUUGUGACGGGCUUUGGAAGGCUUACAGCACCUCACUAAGCGUAGCAGGUGGACAAACGACGAAUCCACCAUUGGAAACUCCGCCUUGCAUGGGACGUAGCGCCGCAUCAUCGUACGCUUCUGUGACCAAAGACAUCUAUGGCUGCGGCGAAUGCACAAUCUUCGGUGAAGGCGUGGAGCUGGUGUACUUUCCGACCUAUCCCAGCAGCCGUGAUAUGUGCGCCAUGACGCCAACAGCCACGCUCACCCACUAUGGAUCAGACGCAGUCAUCACAGCUUACGCCGGCAAGUCGUACACUGGGAACGGCGAUGCUGGUGGAAAGCGGGCUGCAGUCGCCGAUGGUCAUACGUUUACUUCAGGAACGGCAUACAUUUCAAUCUCGACUGUAUAUGCUGUGGACCGCUGCUCUAAAACAUUCGGUACUCCUGUGAAAGACGCCAUCCUGGCCAUGCCAUCCGAAUCUGUGCUCAGUCUUCGCUAUUCGCAAGAUCAUUUCCAACGCCUCAUGAGUACCGACAAGGUCACCGGCUAUCCAGUCUCGUACGCAGACUUCAACACUCCUAUCCCUUGGUCGGCCUGGAAUGGACAGAACCUGUGCGAUCCAGGAGGAUAUGGGGGCUGGGCAUGUUCCAUCAUCUACGAGCACUCUUUCCGCCCACAGCUUGCGAUCCCUCCUCAAAUCACUCAGUUGAGUCCAGAGUUUGAGCAUUGUCAAAUGUGGUAUAAUGGACUUUGGGAUCCUCCUCUCGCCUUGACCGAAGCUGCUUCAGAAGCAAAGCCGACUCCACCAGGUGGGUUCCAAACGACAACAACUUCUGCCGCACCGAGCUCUGCGCUUGCGGCGCCUACGACUGCACCAACUGCAUUGCCAAACGAACCUCCCACGACCAAGCAGGCGAGCAGUGAUGACAGCCCAACCAUGACUGCAGGCGGCCCGACUCUUCCAGCAGCCAGGCCUACUCGGCCAAUGAAGCCAGCAGCCUCGUGCAACCCAGCUGGCGAGCCAUGGAAACAAUCAUUCCACGUUGGAUAUGCCACAUACUGGGCAACAGGUACCAGUCGCCAAGCCUGUAUCGACAGUGUGACAAUGACCUCCGGCGGACCGACUCAGACCCUCAAAGACGGAACGCAGGCCAGCUAUGGAAACGAUGGCCUGAUACUUCAGGGGGUCAGCACCGUGAAGAUAGGCGGUGAAGCUCCUCUUGCUACUACAGAUGUCGCCCAGCCUAAUAAUGGGCCCACAUCGCAUGAUGGUCCAGCUACUGUGGUAGUGACGGUCAACGGCCAGGAGGCUACAGCUGUUCAGACCCCUGAUGGCGGGCCUAUUGUUGUUGGUACCUAUGCGACGUUGACACCUGGCAGCUCUGCGACCACAUUGAGCAAUGGGAAGAUUUUGAGCGCUGCAACAGGCGGCCUCGUCGUUGGCUGGAAGAGCACAGUUGGCAAUGAAGACGAAUCCGACAACGCCGAUUCGAGUACCUCUAUGUCAGGGACCUCGGAGGGAGGGUCAGCGUCUCAGACUCCAGGAAAUUCACCUCAGAGUGGAAGGUCUUCUUCUCAGAGUGGAGGAUUGUCUUCAUCGACUGGACAAGCAUUGAGCGGAUCUUCCAACCAGGCAGAUUCGUCCACUGGCUCAGCGUCCAGUAUUUCGUCCGGCCAAGCUCUUUCUAUCUUCGCCGCAGUCGUCGCCAUAUGCGUUAUAGGUGGCUGA